AUGAAGUAUCUGUCUAGGAGUUUGAUGCAACUCGAGAAUGAUCCUUAUUUUAAUUUUCACCCAAGAUGUGAGAGGCUAAGCAUCACUCAUAUGUUGUUUGUUGAUGAUCUUCUCAUGUUUUCUAGGACUGAUCCUAUAUCUACUGCCAUGCUGUUUCAGAAAUUUAGGUUGUUCUCUAGAGCCUCAGGUUUUGAAGCAAACUUAGACAAAAGUAAUGUCUAUAUUUGUGGUACUUUAGCUACCACUCAGGGGAAGAUUAUGAGUACUUUGAACAUUCCUGCAGGGGAGUUCCCCUUCAGAUAUCUGGGAGUGCCUCUAUCUACAAAAAAGCUCUCCUAUAUUCGGUGUAAGCCCUUGAUUGAUAAAGUACUUGCUAUAGCUAAGAGUAGGACUGUUAGACACCUUUCUUAUGCAGGGAGAUUGCAGUUGGUCAAAACCAUUUUACUCAGUUACCGUCCUUCUGGUGAUACUGCUGCUUCAAAAAAAGCCUUGAUUUCAUGGGCUGAUAUGGGUUUGCCAAGGUCUACAGGGGGGUGGAAUAUUAAGAACAUGGAGCUCUGUAACAAACCUGCCGUGUGUAAACUAUUGUGGGCCAUAACUCACAAAAUAGAUAAGCUUUGGGUAAGAUUGGUUGAUAGCUACUAUGUGAAGGGCAGGUCCCUGGUUGGGUUUCAGUGCACUUCAGCUAUGUCUUGGUCACUGAAAAAGAUCAUAGGCUUUAUGGAUCUUAUUGUAAGUGUUGGUGGCUGGUCUGCAGUCCUGAAACAUGGAAAAUUCUCUAUUACGCUGAUGUACCAACAGCUGUUGCCUACUCUAGACAAGCUUCUGAAAUGGGGGGUGGUUUCUUCUGCUACAUGCCCUGUUUGUCAUAUUUGUGUUGAAUCAGUUGAUCAUUUACUUUUCAAAUGUUAUACUUCUGGAGUAGUAUGGCAGCAAGUUCUUCAGUUUAGGAGAUGCCCUGGUGGGUUUGUAGAUGAACUAAACUGGAUAAGGAAGAGCUGCAAGAGAAGUGGUAAUAGACACAAGUUGAUGAUUAUGUUCUUUGCUGAAAGUGUGUAUUCCCAAUGGAUGAAUAGGAAUGAUAUGAUCUAUAACCAACACUAUAACACACCCUAG